AUGGGCAGCACCAACACUUUCGGACAAAGCACGCAACAACAAGCCUUUCCCACGAUGAAUGGCAGCACGAGUUUUGGCACAAGUAUGUCGUUCCCGCAACCCGGUUCGAGCACCAACAGUGGCUUCAACUUUCAACCUCCUCAAUCGAGUUCCUUCACGUUCGGCGCGCCAGCAGGUACCCCGAAUCCGUUUGCGAGCUUGAACGGGACAGCAGGGCCAGGAAACAGCCAACAAGGCGAUAUUGCAAUGGAAUCUCCGCAGAAGAAGACAGCAAAUGGAAAUGCUUUCGCUUCAAAUUCUGGAUUCAGUUUUGGCCAGACAACACAGCCGCCAUCCAGCUCAGGGUUCUCUUUUGGUGGCACACAAAGCACACAAUCUGCCGCAAACGGCACAAACCCGUUCAAUCCAGUGUCGAAGCCGGAUGACCCUGCAGCUCCAGCAAAUCCUUUUGGUCAACCCUCGCAGCCUGCGUUCGGUGGCUUUGGCCAAUCUGCCCAAACACAACCUUCAGGCUUUGCCUUUGGUCAGAGUACAAGCACUCCAGCUCCUGCGUCGACAACAACGGCGCCAAGUUUCAGCUUUGGUCAAAGCACAACUACUGAAGCUCCUGCUGCAGCAACCCCCAACUUCAGCUUCACCCAGGCUACCGCAACCCCUCAAUCUGCGCUCCCGUCGUUCUCCUUCGGACAGGCAAGCACUACGCAAGCAGAGGGGCCAAAAGAAGCACCGAAAUUCUCUUUUGGCCAGACUCCUGCAACGUCAGGAAGUCAAUCCAACGGGCCUAGUUUCGGUUUUGCCUCACCAGCAGCAACUCCGGCAAGUCAACCAAUAUCAACAUUCUCAUUCGGUCAAACACAACAAUCUACCACCUCAAGCCCCUCCUUCACAGGUUUCGGUGCAAAGAGCGGAGAGACGAAACCUGUAUCUUCAAUGUUUGGUCCGUCUACGGCUACCCCACAACCUGCAACCACAGAGCAGAGUAACCAAUCACCACAAAAGCCUGCUACUCCAGAAACAGAGAAAACUGCGACAAAUCCAUUCGCAAGUUUGUUUGCUGGCUCUAGCAGUGCAUCUCCUGCCCCCGUCUCGAAGCCUGCUUUCAGCUUCGGCACUGCUUCCACGCCGGAGCCCAGGAACGCGACAGAUCCAAGCAGUACACAAACAAAGCCAGCGUUCAGCUUCGGUGCAUUCAACCAAACAUCGACGUCAGCUACAGGCACCCUAGAACCGAAACCAACGAACACCGGCUCGACGACCUUCUCAUUCGGCGCAAAAUCGGCGCCAACCGAACCUACUCCUGAGGCUCGGGGACCUCAAGCGGCUAUCAGCAGUGACAUUGGAGAAAAGAGCAAGGGACAAGAGGAGAGUACCACACCUGCAAAGCCAUCAUUUGGAUUUGCGCAUUCGGCGUCGCCUGCGCCUGGAGGUCCCUUCGCUUUCGUGAAGUCCGAUGACAAACCGAAAGCAAUGUCUAACACUGCACCUGCGAAAGAUUUAGCGGUUGGUACAACUUUUGGUGGCACGCCCGCACCCGGUUCGUCUUCUAAGAAUGGCACAGCUUUCGAGAGGUCGGGCUCAAUGCAGAAACCGAUGUUCGGCACAUCUGCUCAGCAAACGCCUCGAGCAGAGGGGAAAUCCAGUCCGGCACCGACGUUUUCGGCUUCCAGCGCCAACAAACCCGCGGAAGAUGCCAGUGAUCGAUCUAUCAUUUCGAAGGCUAGCAUGAACACCACGGCCCAAGGAGCUGUUGCGAGCCCACCAGAUACCGUCUCAGUAAGGGAACCUACGAAGCGACCAGUAUACACAAAGGGAUCUUCUUUUUUUCCUGGUCACCUUGACGCCAAGCAGUUUCAGGAAUACGAUCGAGAUUAUCGCCUACACUCAUUAAAUCGCGAGUUUCAGAAAAGAAUCGCUGCUUUGGACCCCACCGUUCACGAUUUUGGGAAUAUAAUCCGACAUUAUGUCUCAGCUCGCGAUGGCAUUGGUGCUUCUCUAGGUCUCUACAAGAGGAAUUUCGCAGGCACUAAACGCAAGGGUGAAGACGUUGAUGAUCACGAUGAUGAACCCCCUGCCAACAAAAGAACUCGCCCUGGUGAGAAUCAACAAGCCCAGCCUGCACAAAAUGCGUCUGCUUCUAAAUCUUCCGGGGGUCGCUCUACACCUCAACCCUCCAGUUUCAAAGCCGCAUCAACUACACUUUUCCCAUCCACUGGUGCCGAGUCGUCCUCUAAAGCAGCGUCCUUGCUCAACAACAUGAUUCCACAGUCGGCGCCAGCCAAAAGUGCGCAGUCUGUUACAGCGUUCGAUCCGAGCGCUUCACUAGGGUCAGGAAGGGAGACAACUUCAAGCGCUACUGGUGGCCCUUUCGCAUCGCUGAAGAGCCAAAGUACUGGCCCAACUUCUGAACCGACUACGUCAACCUCGACUACGCCCACGAAAUCCCCACCGAAAAAGCCGACUUUCGAACUUCCUAAGUUUGGUGGUGGCACCACAAACUUUAUGAGUGCCUUUGGUCAACAAGCAAAAAUCAAUGCAGAAAAGUUUGAGAAGAGCCUCAUGGAGAAACGCAAAGCUGAGGAUUUUGAUUCAGAUGAAGAUGAUGAGGAACAAUUCCAGAAGCAGCUUGAUGAAGAAGCGAAAGCUAAGCGGGCUAAGAUUGAUGCCAUUGCCAAAGCGGGGUUUACUCCAUCGUUCACCCCAAACAUUGAAUCGGCUGUGUCUACUCCAGCCAAGGAACCCGAGGCUGCCAAGUUCGCCUUUGGCGGCUUCAAGCCAUCUGCUCUAAAUCCAUUUUCACCCUUGAACUCUAAAGAAACCAGUGAAGAACAUUCACAGGAUGAAGACGCUAGCGGAUCGUCAGCCAGCAAUGGCGGAGAUGACGAUGAGGACAGCCAGGAAGUGGAAGGGUCGGAAGCUCAAAACGGAGAUGAGGAUGAGGAUGAGGAUGAAGCAGACGACGACGAUGACAACGAUUUCCAAUCUGCCGUGGCCAAGUCGAGGAAUAAUGCCAAUGCAGGCAAGAGCUUGUUUGAUCGGAUCGAGCCGAAUCCAAACAAACAAGAACCCGCAGUAGCCGUUGGGCAGAACACCAACGCUUCAGCGGACGAAGGCCCCUCCGCACAGACAGCAAACAAGUCGACUUUCUCAUCGUCCGGAUUCGGGUUCCAAGCUGUUAAUCCCACAACUGAGACUCCUUCCUUUACUCCUACUACGCCAGCUACUGGUACUUACAAGCCUUCAACUACCUUCAAUUUCACUCCCACACCACCAACAUCAUCAUCUACGCCAACCCCAGGCGCUUCCAUAUUCGCUGGUGGUCUUACCAAAGAUGGUCCUGUUCCAGGAGAAGGAUUGUUUGGCUCCCGACCAAGUACUCCCAGCAAUGGCGAGAAGUCUAGCAACCUGGCCAAGUCAGUGCUCACCUCGCCAGCGGGAACCGACAACACAUGGAAACAAGGUGGGGCAAUUUCAUUUGCAAACGGGGAGAAGAAGGCCGAUGCGCCUAGCUUCAAGUUCACCGCGCCGUCGCCUGGAAAGGAGACGCCGAAGCCAUUUGGUUCUAUUUUCGGUACACCUGCGCUCGGCGCGAAACCCUCUGAUACGCCUACUGUUGGAUUUCAAUUUGGUGCUCCAACAUCGACACCUGCACCAGGGUUUUUAGGUGCUGUCACUCAUCUCGGCGGCGGAUCUGCUGGGAGCUCUGCUAUGUCUUCUCGUGCCACCUCGCCUGGUUUGACAGACAACGAGUCUAAUGCUACCAAUGACACUGAGGAAACGAAUGACGAGCCGCAGGUGACACUGAUGGAUUCACGAGCAGGUGAAGAGAACGAAACCUGCCUCUGGGAGGGUCGUUCCAAAGCCUUGAUGUUCGUCAACAAAGAGAUUGCCCAAGGCACCAAAUUGAAUCCGAACGACUGGAACUCGAUGGGUGUGGGCAUCAUCCGUGUUCUUAAGGACAAGACUACAGGAAAGACACGAGUCGUUUUCCGUGUCGAGCCCAGUGCUUCUGUUCUCGUCAACUCUCAUCUUCUUGACAGCGUCACGUACGAGAACGUACCGUCCAACAAAAGCGGUGCCGUCCGUGGUGCGCUCUUUUACAAGGGAACUCUGGCUCGAUGGGUCUUCAAGGUCAAGACUCCAGAGAUGGCCAGCCAACUUUCAGCGGUACUGGAGGAGAACAAAAAGUCGGAUUAA